AUUCGUGAGCCGUGCCAGCACUCGGAUUGGUCGAACAUUAUCAUCGCAGGGGGUAGGAACUUUCUCUCUCUCUCCCUUGAAACCGCGAUGCAAGUCGAUGAAAGAGCGGGAAACUUUGCUUGUUAAGCGGUUUUGGUGCGUCCUUUUGGCGCGUUUCAUCAAACUUUGGAGAUUGUUUGUAAUUAUUGUGAGCACAUCAUUAAUGGGAAUUCCGAUCUCGUCACAUCGAAAUGAAAGUGGAACGUGAUUAUUUCGGAAGAAAGCAAACUUUCAAAGGAGUUUUAAGUGAGUUGUCACGAGUGUUGAUUUACAAUCUUUGUCAUAUGUAAGGAGGAAGAGGAAGACAAGAAGAUAUAGCGAGUAUACCGAAUACAUAAGGGGGUAACAAAUUGCUUUUCUACAUUCUAUCCCCUCCCACCAUUUAAUCUUUUUUCUUUUGGAUGAGAAGUUACCGAAGAGCUACUUAUACAUUGUCACUCUUCGGAUUGUGACGCCGGUCUGACACCUGACAUUUGAAGUUAACGGUCAAAUUUCUAGCUAGACUUAAUUAUUGCAGUGGUUAAAAACCUUCUUGUCAUCUACAUGCUGAAAUUACUCACUUAAAUUCUACGUCACGAUCGCCUUUGUUUCUUGGCAAUUCCCCAGUACCUCACCCUUGGACGUUUCGUCAGAUAACUCCGCGACCUACAAAAAAAGUCAUUCUUCUGUACAUCCUACAGUGACAUCACCAGUUAUCCGUGCACAAGAAAAACAAUAGCAACGGGAAAACAUAGCUUAGAACAGGUGGAUAAUAAACAAAUCGUGAAAUAAGACGUCAUUACUACACCGCCUUGCUUCUUGGAAUAUAACCAACUUCUUAAUUGCCUAUGUUUAAUUGGCAAGUUUGUAGUGCCUUGCUACGCCCUCCGAUAAAGGUCAGAUCAUUUCGUCUAGCGGGUAAAUUUAUUCAUCAUGUUCAUGAGAUCGUAAACCUGAGUGCAACCGCUAUACAAAACCGUACCUCAACCACACAUGAUCUUAAACUUCCUGAGGAGUUCUGAUUAACUUGUAAUCAUAGUCGUUCGCUGUCACCUUUUCCCUAAUUUGAAUUUUAGUCUCAAUUUAUAGAUCGAAAGAACUUUCACUUUAUAGACUACCACCAAGAAACCACUCUGCUUGUUGGCGUCUGCGCACAGAUUGUAAUCUAGUUUCCUACUCGUGGAAACUUCUAGCUCCAAAUCAAAACAAUGAUCAUUGAUCUCUGAACUGCAUUGUUUCAAACAUCGAGAAAGGAUUAUUUCAGUCAUUCGUCCAAACAACACACUAACACAGGUAUUCAAGCAGAGGAAGAGUUAACUCACUGGACCCAAUUCUAUAAACUUUAAUCGUUUCGAGAAAUUACAAAUUUCUUUUUAUUUUGUAUCAUCUCAGAAUCGUUUUAUCGCAUUUUACUUUCACAUCGACCACUUUCGUUUUCGUUUUGGAUUUAGCCAGCUUAGAUGUGAGGAUAUAUUAGGAACAUGUCACUGAAUAUUACAGAUGUCCCUUCUCCACCCCCACCUUCUACUACCAUGGCUCCGGUCCAACAUCACAAAGCCAUGGAAGACAUCUGCAUCACCUUAGCCGUCUUCUCUCUCAUCAUCAUCAACAUAUCACUUUUUCUAUUUUGGAGAUACAAGGCAUUGGGAAAGUCUCCUCUACCUUUUCGCCGAUAUUCAACAGAAUCCGAAGGCUAUGCAACCCUUCACCAACCAGUUAUGACCAAAGACAACAUUCACUCUGCCAAGCCUCAGCGUCGUGUUCAGGAAGUCCUGAAACAGUAUGCUUCCACAGUAGUCCGAGCAGGUCAGAACCACAUCGCCAGGAAAUCCAGUGGCUCUUUCUACGCUUCUUUCAGCGGCGAAAGCAGCCCCGAUGCCUCGCCGGUUCAUGCUGCUAUCUCGUCUGAUACUAAAAAGAAAGCCUCCACUUUACCGUCAAGGAAAUCGGAAGAGCAAUGCAGUAUCCUUGCCUAUGAACACUAUCCAGCGCGGCUUGUUGAAAGUGGAGUUUAUGAUGAUAAUUCUAUCAAGUUUAAGUUAGGACACCCAGAAGAUGAUAGCACGACGACGGGUGGCGAUAGUGAUAGUCAGGUUUAUUGCGAAGUUGUUGAUUUCGCUGGCAAGCGUCACGGGAGACACAUUCGACCUAUAUCUUUCGACUUCUGCAAGGACCAAGAUGAUUCGCGUAGUCUUGCUUCACGUAACAACAACGAUGUCAGCCUCAGUGUGGAGAGUAGAGCGACAGAUGAUAGCGGUGGUAUUGAAAAUGUCUAUGAAAACUUUAGAAAGAAGAAACCAACUUCAAAUUUUGCGUCGAUAACCAACAGCAAAGCUUCCCCUUCCCGGGAAUCAAUCGCCGCUAUGUAUUCUACAUGCAGAACUGUCAGUGGGGAUUACGCCACUUGCGAUGCGAGUGGAAGCUGGAGACCAACGUCUUUCGCGUUUUGUCGGGACGCUCCCCCAAGCGUCACGGACACAACACUUUCAAGAACGUCAAUGGUCUCUGAACAGUAUCCUCAAGAUGAAAACUCCACUUAUGAGCAGUUCGUAGAGCCGGAUGAUCCAAUAUACGCGCAAACUGUGAUUCGCAGGAGCAAGAGAUCUGUAAAGCAAUACCCUUCUUCACUCCCUCGUGAUGACAUACUCAGCUCGCAGCCUUUGUACGAGCAACCGCUUUUUGAACAACCCCUGUACGAGAACUUGGAGAAGAGCGAACAAGAGGAAGGGGGCGAGACGGACCACAGGUACAGCUCUUUGCACUUAGCUGCCCCUAUGAACAAUCACUUGACUGCUUCAGACUCGAAAAUAAACGUCAAUUCGGAUUCGCGAAGGAGUCGUCGCGGACAUGCCGGCGGCGGUGCGGAAAACCGGCGAAUUAACGCAAGGGAUUCCACGAAACCCGUCAUGGACAAUUGUGAUGUUUCACCGCAUGCGACGAGUCCUAGAGUAAAUGUUCCAGACACCAACAUGACAUCAAACCAAAGUUCAUUCCAUACGAUAGCUCGAGAACUAGCUGGACUUCAUGAAGACAGUAUUGAAGAGUAUGACCCCGAAGAAACAUUUCCGGUGAUGCAGAUGCUUUCUGAUCGCUAUAGCACUGGGAAUUUCCUCAACAAAUUUUAUUAACCCGUACCUAUUGGAAAUUGUUGGCUUUGUACAAAGCCUAAAGGAAUUACUGCGUGCAGUAGCCAAACGCAUAAUUUGGUCGUAAAAUCGGAGCGGGACCAGAGUUAUCCGCAUUAUUUUGAUGCUGCAAUUAUCCGCAUAAUAGCGGCAUCGGGACCAUAUUUUGACGUUAUGAACGCAUUUCCAAAGUAAUGCGGAUAAUUGCCAUGGUGCGGUCACAUGGUCACCCUUUUCCAACACAACCCCAUCGGAGGGGGUGUGUGCAGUUGCCAUGACGAUUAUCCACCUUUUUUUCAAGACGGGCGCUCGUAAAAAAUAGUGCGGAUUAUUUUCGGAGUUUGUGAACGCAAUUUUUAUUGAAUUAUCCGCAUUACUCUUAGGCGGAUAAUUGGAGGAUGGGUAUUAAUCUUGGAUUCUCUUUUAUUCUCUUACGUUAUUUACGUUAGUUGUUUACCAGUUUAAAGAAGUGUUGAAAAUCUUAAACAACGUUUAAUGUUAUAAAUUAAGCAUGGUUGUUUAAGCUGUUAAAAAGUCUUGUAUAGAUUUUAAACAACGUUUUAAUGCGUACACAAUCAGAAAUAUUACCCAAUCGGUGGUGAUUUUCUAUUUCGUUUCAGAUUAUGAAAAUAUCAAACGGCAAUGUGUAUUUAAUCUUAACAAUAGUAAUGCCGCAUCUUUUAGUUAAAUUAAUAUAUUUUACAAAUCGUUAUAGAGUAUAAUCAUGUAUAAUUCGUUACAUUUGUGACCAUGAAUAAAAAUACUGUACAUUUGGAGCAGAUCGAUUUAUUUAUUUUCUAAUACGAUGGUUGGCUCAAGAAGUUGUUAGUGGUCAUACUGGCUCUAUCUUUUUGUUGAGGAUUUUAUAAACAAGUUAUGUAUUAUGUGAAAAGUGAUUAAAAUACAAUGAAAAGAA